AUGUCACUCAAAAUUAAGAGGCUGAGCAACAAGAAGAAAAAACCUCUAAAGGAUAGCCCCCAGGCAGAUGUUCUACAUAAGCUCGGCCUGGAGGCCUACCAGACUACACCACUGGACCUUGCAUCUAUGUUGAAUAUCAAUACUUGGACUCUGGGGAACCAACCUUCUCUAGAACCCAAGGAUCUACCCAAAGCUUUCCUCCAGCGCCUUUGGCUGUUCAGACAAGAUGCCCGAAGUCCUUGUUGUCAGUCUCUUCAUAAUGUCAUUUUAAAUGAUGACAACAAAUCACCCGUGAAGGUGCUCAGUAGUUUUGAAGGAGAUAGCCAGUAUGCCAUCAACCCUCUUGAUCUAAUCACAUCUAUCUAUAUGUCUGCCAGUACUUUCCUUCAGCAAGAGAUCUCCAAACACAUGAUGCAGUGCCAUUUUUCUGUGCCACUCAUCCUUCCAAACAUAGAUCCAGAAGAACCUAAUUGCUUCCUUCUUUGGACUUUAAGAGGGAUUGUGGCCCAAUGGAGAGCACACUACCUGGAUAAAUACACAAGAAUCCAAGAGGGGGAUUUGGCAAGCACAUGCAUGCCAUUAGUUUCAUGUGUCAGGCUUGGUCGUUGUGAUGUGUCCAAGUCACAGGUCCUAAACUAUAUGUUACGAGGCUUCACAUCUUCCAGUGAAACAUUUCUCCACAGGGAUAUGGAAGGAGGGCAACUUCCCCGAACACUAUCCAAUGGCCUGGUAGAAGUUGGAUGGCAUCUACCCACUGGAGAUACCAACAGAGAUAUUUUCCCUGUUCCUUUGGUCAUCUCUAAUCUGAGGGGUGAUGCCAGUGCACACGAGAAAUGCCUCACCCUUUUAUGCAAAGCAUCUUCAGCAGUAGUCAUUUUCUGCGGAGAUCUUAGGGAGAAAGAAAAACAGCUUCUUGCUUCCUGUAAGGAUGUGGCAAGCAAGCUUAUAUUGGUUGACAUUUUAGACACUGAGAGAAAUGAGAGCAGAGUUGUGGGGUUUGUUGAUGAGAACCUUGAAGAGUACAUUGGGCUUCCCAAAGAGUCUGUGAUUCAGGGUAGAGGUCUGAGUGAGGAAACACUGGCUGUUAAGCUAUGUGAUACCCUAAAAAAUCUGCUACCACACAGACUGAAAUUUGUUACACUUGAGGAAGCAGCAAAAUUAGCAGUGGAGCUAGGCCUGGAUGUGGACGAAGGACCUGUCUGUCAAAAGGCAGUGGCCACAGUGGAGGAAAUGUUGAAGGAUUUAGAUGAGGGAUCUGCUGAAUAUAGGCAAAGACAGCUUCCUUUGCAGGGACCUCUGUGGAGCAAACUAGCAGAACUAGAGAAAGCAGAGAGUAAGCAGAGAAAAGAGAGAGAAGAAAUCAACCCCCAGCUGCAAAACAAAAAGAAGGACAUUUUGACUGAGUUGAGCAACUACAAAAUGACCCCAGCUAUGAAGAUCUUUACUGAUACUCUUUUUACCAAAGAUAAAGUGAAAAGAGCUUACUUUCUUAGCUGGCUCACUCUAAGACUUAAUCAAACACAAAGAAAAAACAGCACAGAAGAUCUGCUCACAAAGCCACAGACAGAAAAGAAAGACGACAUGGAACAUUUGGAUAAGCUUGAACAUGGAGUGAACGAUAACCUCAGAGACACCGGUUCAGCAUUUCAAAAGGAAACACAAAUACAGUCUGUACCUCCGGAAAUGCAAGUUUCUGAGCAACAGUCUGAAGAAAGCCAGCAAUUGAAUGUUUCUCAAUCCAUAAAAAAGACCACAGAACUGCUGUCACAACAGAACAAACCUCUCAAUCAUGACCCGAUCAUAGUGCAGACGUCAUCCAUCACAUCAACUGGAAAAGAAAAUGUAUUACAUUCAGUCUCUGAAGAGGAAAACUGUCUUUUAGUGUCUGGAGAAAACGGCACUUUGAGCUUCACAGAUAAAAAGCAAAAUGAAUCAGAGCUGACAUUUGCUGUGGGAGAUUCAACUUCUGGCAAACAACAAAUGAGCCUUGAGGAUUGCUCUGAUCCCUGUUAUGAACCUGAUGCAUUCACAUUAGGUCUUGAGCACUUUUUGCGUGAGAUUGGCCUAAUUUUUGAGCUAACACAGAUCAGUCCCAGCAGCGGGAGCCAAAAUGUGUUGCGUCUCCCUAGCUUAGCUACAGAUCUUCUUCUCUGUGGGAUUCCACUUGAACUAAUGGAUGGAGAUGCCUCAAAUAUCCCCAUCCAGUGGCUGAGUUGUGUCUUUGCAGAGCUCAAACGUCGCCUACCUCAAGAACAGUGUAGGACAAGAGUGCUGACAAACCUAGGCAUUUAUGAUGCCAGGAAGGCAGACGUUCUUUCUGCAGUGUUUGGAUUGAAAUUCCCUGAAUGGAAGAAAAGAUCUACAAGAGGGGUGUACAUGGUUGUCCUGUGCCUCCCUGAAAAUCUCAAAAAGGACAUGGAGUGUGAUAUUCUGUUGUUAAUUGAGGUCAGCGGUCUCUGCUCAGUCUCACCAGACAACAAAGUAAAUAUGCUUCUCAGUGACAAUGAAAUGGCCACCUUUGCAACAGGUUUAAGUGACAUUUUAAUGCACAAUAUUUCUUCACAUCCUGGUUCUGAUUUUGAAACAAACCUCACUGUCAUAGUCAACGCUCUCCUGCGAAUCAAAGAAUGUGGCUCCAUGCCCAUUUGCCAAUUCCUUGUCCAGGAUGAAGGGUUAAAUUGCACUUUGCAAGCCUCACAGCUAAGGCACGUUUCUGAGGUGCUUGAAACUAGCACUAUUGAUAAACAUGAAAAGACCACGAGCAGCACAAUCUGUGUCAAAGGACCAUGGUCCAAAAUGUCCCUCUCUGAACCCGUUGACACACAGUACAGUGGGGCUGUUUUAAAGUUUAAAGAAAUCUUUUUUCAGGGAUUGAAGAGGAGUCCAGCCAAGUCAGAAACCUCAGUUUUGCCUGAAUUUAUGAGACGUUUAUGUUCUGUGUGGGAUGCAGUCAAAGAAGAAUCAUUCUCCAUCGGCCUGCAAAACACUGACAUAGCUUUGGCAUUUUCUUUAUUCUGCACAGAGUUUUCCCAUUGGGAAAAAAGUCUCUUGGACAACACAGAAAGCUGGCUAAUGGGUGCAACAAAAAAAAUGUCUGCCAGAAAGGGUGAAGUUUUGGAUGCAGCUCUCCAAAAUGACCUUCUGAGUGAAUUAAAGAAGGAAGCCUGUGAGGAAGUCAAAACAGGCGUGAACAAACUCAAGUCAACAGCAGAGACGUAUCUGAUGAAAGAAGAGCCUCUCAAAAUGAAAGCUGAGACAUUCAUGCCAAUCCUAACAAGCAAAAUUGAUAACCUACAGUACAGAGUAACUGAAGAAGUAAUGAAAAAGUUGGAGACAGUCUAUGAGAGCCAUUGCUCUUUUGCACAGCUCAAAAAAUUUGAAAUAUUACUGGGAAAAGAACAAGAGUCCAAGCUAGAUGCACUAGCAGAAAAAAGCAAGACAACAGAAAUUCUUCUGCAAGAUGCAGAGGUAGCAGAAGAAUUUGAGACUGUGUGGAGUAAGAUAUUGUCCAGCUUUGAAUUCAGGCCUUCACAAACCAAAGAAAUUACUCCAAGAAUAGAAGAUAUUCUGAGACAGAAUCUAAUCAGCCGUGGACUCCAGAAACACAUGAAAAAGCUUGACAUGAUUGGCCAAAAUGAGAACUCUGGCUUCCAAGUUUGUGAUGAGCAUUUUGGAUAUCGCAGCAGAUUAAAACAAAUGCUUGAAGACAACAAAAAACAGAAAUCAGAUGCUCAGCAGGUAGCAAACAAUAUCAUAGAGGAUUGUAAUCAGUUUAUAAUGGAUAAGUGUAACAGACCAGCAGAUUUCUCUGACAGUUACAUUAGAGAGCUGUUACAAAAUAUUGAAAAAGCUUUGAAUGAAAAUUCUAUGGAAAUUAGAUCAGCUUUUGAAGUGGAUCUGAAAGUGUAUCUCUGUAAUACUGCAUGCCAGAACUUCCAAAAACUGCAUGAUCGCUAUGCCAAGGACACAGAACUCUUGGCAUGUAUCACUGCAAGAAAAAGUAUGCACUUGGAAAAGUUUAUCUACAACUUUAGGAAGAGAGAUGAGUGUCAAAGGGUGGCCCAAGCAUUCAUCUCCAUGGUCAUCAAACCCACAGUGCUGGAUUACAUCAACAGACCACUGGGGAUCUCUAUUGCAGAAGAGAUCCAAGGUAAAGCUCAGCAGUAUCAGUCCUCACAAGUCUUCCACCAAAGCUUGCUGGAAGAAAUGAUUAAAGAAGACCGAUUUGAAGUCUUCCUGGAAUAUCUGAUUUCCUAUGACAACUUCAGACUGAGGAAGAUACAGGAAGCAGUGAUGACUCACCUCUCUGAAUCAACCAGCUUGGGACAGUGGCGACAUCAGAGACUCAGAGAGAUUGUAGGAAAGAUUACAGCAGCAGUUGCCCAAACCACAGAAGGUACCAGUGGAAUCCUGAAUGAUGCAAAGCCACUGCUGGAGAGAGUGUGUCUCAAUUUAGAGAGAGAUGGGGAUGUUAAUGUCAUUAGGGCCUCUCUGGCUGGACCCCUCUUUGGUAUCACUACAGAAUGGGACCGUUUUGUUCAAUGUUUAAUGGAGUUAGUGGCUGGAAUGCAGAUGGACCUUGCUCAAGAGUUCUCAAAAAAUGUGGAUAUCACCCAACUUCUUAACUGCCUUCCAGUUCAGCCCCAAGACCACCUCUUCAACAGAGUGAAAGGCUGUGACAAGCACUGUCCCCUCUGCAAAGCCCCAUGUGAAGAGGAAGAGUUGGGGCAUGAGGUUCACAGUGCCUUGCUCCAUUGGCCUAAAGGCAUGCUACCUUAUGCCUCUAGUUCUCUAUCCUGCAUCAGUUGCCCUGAAAGCAUGGCCCAGGACAAGGGCACACAUGAUAUGUCCACAACCAGUAAAGACCUCCAUUCACUCUACCCAAACUGGAACAUCUCUCCUGGUGACCCAAACAUCACAAAGGCCAGUGACUACUGGAGGUAUGUGUUGGCGAGGUUCAAUGAGAGGUUUGCACAGGAGUUCAAGCGGGAGCCAACAAAUAUUCCUGAGGAAUGGAGGAGAAUCACUCAGGAGCAGGCCUUAAACAGUCUGAAGGAAGUCUUCCUCACCAGACCAUGUGUCUGAAAUACUGCAUUCAAUUCAAUUUAUAUGCUAAUAUGUAAAAAAGCAUAAUCUAACCACGAAAUUUAAUAUGUUCAACCCUAAAGUUUCU